AUGGGAGAGAUAAAUAAUCAAAAUAAUAAAGUUCGUAAAUCGCGAAAAACUAGUAAAUCUAUUAACUCAAAUUCAAAAAGUAAAAAAAAAUCUUCUUCAUCAAAAGAGAUUAAUCAAACGAUAACUGCUGUAACGACUCUUGUCGAAUCACCAAAACCGAUCUCACCAAUUGAAGAAGAUUCACCUAUUGAUUUACCAAAUGAUAUACCAAAUGAUGUACCUAUUAAACCAAUCGAACCAGUUUCAUCCCCAAUUAUUACUACUCCUAAGACUCCUAAGACUCCUAAAACCCCUAAGGUCGAAUUAUCUCCAAUAAUUCCUCGACAGACGAUCUCAAAAUCAAUAAAUGACGGCCUUUCUCUUAUUUCUAAAUCUGUCAGCAUGAUCGACAUGCCUAUGGAAAUAUUUAGUUAUAUAUGUGCAUAUCUGCCACCUGAUGAUUUAUUAUCACUCGUAUUAGUUUGUCAAACAUUCAGGAGAUUAUUAUGUGAUCCUACUUCUCCCAUUACUCAAUCGAUCUGGAGAACUUCUCGUGUAAAUUUUUUACCUUAUCUUCAAUUACCUCCUCCUCCUGGUAUGGGUGAAAAAGAAUAUAUCGUCCUUCGUCAAUUAAGAAAAGGUUGCCAAUUUUGUCAAGAACGUGAAACUGGUUUCGUUAAAGUUUAUUGGCAAUUCAGAGUAAGAUGUUGUGAAAUGUGUUUGGAUGAACGAACAACAAGACGUGACACACUUUAUAUUAAUUGGUGUAUUCCUGAUGAAGUGCUUAGUACCCUGCCUUACAUUUUUCGUGGUGCAUCUCAGGUUUAUUGGACAAAAGAUGUUUUUGCUGCCAUGCAAGAAUAUUCUUCCAUCAGUGAUGAUGAUUUACUAAAUUGGAUUGAUCAGCGUCGAACAAUAGCAAAUAGCAUAAUGGAUGUGGCUCCAGGUCAUGAACGUGAAGAAAAUGAUGAAUUACAAUCAA